UGCAAUCGUCUUCUGCAACAGCGAUUCAGAUUCGGAACCUGACUGCUUUAGACCAAUCUUCGAUCUCCCAGCUAUUUCUAACACGUUUGAGAAAAAGAAUCUUGCUCAGUUCUCGGGUAAGACUGGCCAGCUCGUCAACUCCAGGAUCAACGACCAGUUCAUCGCCAGUACCACUACGGGUAAAACAUAUAAAGAGCUACUCGAAGGAAGCCAGAUAGUGAACGAUGGCUUUCUGAACGCACUUUCCGACUUGUACAAGGUCCUCCCCGCUGAGAACCGUCAGCCUGUCGGCUCUCUCUGGACUGAAGCUUCUAAGAAGUACAACCCAGGAGGCAAUGCUCUAGGUUUGGAUGUUGAGAAGAAGGGCACGUACAUUGCUUGGGCAGAGGUUAUUGAGUGGAGUGGCGAUGAGCACAACGAGGCUGUGUUCAAGUGGAUCGAGGACACGACUUGGGCAAUUGCUAAUGCCACCCAGAAGGCUGGACUGUAUGAUCCUUUCACUUAUAAAGGAGAUGCAGCUGGAUUUUAG